AUGUUCAAUUUAAUUGACGCUAGACACAAGUUAUCUUGCAUUCCAAACGAAGCAGCUCAUUGUAAACCAUGGGGAAAUAGCAAAAUUCAUAAUUCCAUAUUAGAAUUUGUGGGAAAUACACCGCUAGUAAAGUUAAAUAAAAUACCUCAAGAGUAUGGAUUGGAUUGUGAAAUCUACGCUAAAUGUGAAUAUAUGAAUCCGGGUGGAUCUAUUAAGGAUCGCAUUGCUCUUGCCAUGGUCAAAGAUGCGGAAAAGGGUGGAAAUAUUUCGAAAAAUACGAUAUUCGUAGAGCCGACUUCUGGUAACACUGGCAUCGGUGUUGCGUUUGAUGCUGCCCUUAUGGGAAAUAAGAGUAUAAUUAUUACCGGCCAGAAAAAUUCAGAUGAGAAAGUCAGAACCAUGCAUUUAUUAGGGGCGGAAGUUAUUCAAACAAAUUUAUCCUCUGUUGAUAUCGCAAGAAAAAUACAUGACGAGGAUCCCGAAAAUGUAGUUAUACUCAAUCAGUUCGAGAAUCCUGUGAAUCCAAAGAUACACUAUGAAACUACCGCUGAAGAAAUAUUGCAUUCUUUGGGCCAAUUAGAUAUGGUUGUCUUGGGAACUGGUACUGGAGGGACCAUGUCUGGCGUUGGACACAAAUUAAAAGAGCGUCUAGCAAACUGCCACAUCGUAGUAGCCGAACCAGAUGGAUCUACUAUAUUUAAUGUCCACGGAAAGAGUCAUCCAUUUCUGGUUGAAGGGAUUGGAGGAUCUGAAAUUCCUAUCGUUUUAGACAAAUCGGUAGCCGAUUCAUUCGAAGUUGUAACGGAUGAAGAGUCAUUUCUAAUGGCUAGAAAAUUAUGUCAGAAGGAAGGACUACUAUGUGGAGGCAGCAGUGGCGCAGCUAUGGCAGCCGCUGUAAAAGCUGCAAAAAAGAUGAAACUCGAUAAAACAAAACGUGUCGUUGUAAUUUUACCAGAUGGUAUCCGCAAUUAUAUGACUAAAUUCGUUAGUAAUCAGUGGAUGGAAGCCCAUCUUUUCAUGGAUCCACCUGAGCAUACAAUGAGGUGGUGGAAACAUCCAAUUACAAAAAUUAACCCAAACCACAAAUAUCCCAAAAUUGACACUGAGUAUACGUGUCGUGAGGCUAUAGAAGAAAUGGGAAAAGAGAAUAUCGCUAUCGUAGUAAAUGACGAAGGACAUUUUGUAGGUGCAGUUUCAAAAGACAGUUUUCGAAAUUACGCGACUAAUCCAACAAAGCUUCCAGGACAAGAUUCUGAAGAUUUCGAUUUUGAUGCCAAAGUCACUGAAUAUUUGGUGAAACAUUGCUAUACUCUAGCAAAAAAUGGAAAAAAAGGAAUGCCUACUGUGGGGUUGUUGUCGAGAAUAUUAGAUAUCACUGAUUUUGUGGUCAUCGGAAGAAAUAUUAUUAAAAAUGACCAAGAACAUUUUAUACCGGAAAGUGUUAGCACUGCAGAUGACGUUCUUAUGUACAUCAAGGAUCAUCAAAAAUAAGCAACUUGCAAAGUUUUUAUACACGGAUACUACAAACCUUGUCAUAUAUAAUU